UAGCAAUUCACUUGAAUACAAUGCAGGCAUGGAAUAUCGUCCUUCGAUUUUGCUUAUUUUUAGGUAUCCUUUAAUCAUUUCAAGCGUUCGACAAUUCUCUCCAAGAACGACUCUAUCGAUGUUGCAUGCAUGAUAAAACUGUUAAUGAUUACACUUCUUUAGAAUCAUAUCAUACGGCUGUUUCAUUAUUUUAAUCUGCUCACGAACAAACCCCAUUGCAUGAUUUAAGAGCGUCUUAGAAGAGCGGAGUUAUAGGGCCGUCUGUAUACCAUUUCUAAUUGCAUCACUUGCCUUGCUCUAAUUAACCCCCAUUGCUAAUUUUUCAAACGAUCGACCCCCAUUGCAAUGUUCCUCAGUGUAUUGUAGGAGAAUAUUCGAUUUGGAAGUAGAGGAAGGUUUAUUCCGGGAUGGAUUUCAUCUUCUUGCAUUUGUUGUUCGUCCUUGCUGGGAUUGUCAGCGGUACAGAUAAUGAUUGCAAAUUUCGUCAGUUUUCCGACACAAGCUCUUACGUCUGUGAGUGCUCCGCCUCUCAUUGUGACGUCAUCGAAGAAUACACCAUCGACGAUGAAAACUUUGUAGUGUAUACUUCUGGAAAGCGAGGCUUUAGGUUGGAUAAAGAAGAGAUGCCAAUCAGAAAUCGACCAACCCCUAAUAUACCAGAUACGAGCAUUACGAUCACAAUUGACAGAUCGGACAGGUACCAAACCAUCCUUGGUUUUGGCGGUUCUUUCACCGAUGCAGCAGCGCUAAAUCUCUACAACUUAUCGUCUGCCAUGCAAGAUACCCUGCUGAGGGCGUACUUUUCAACUGAUGGAAUUGAAUAUUCAUUUGGCCGUGUACCUAUUGCAAGCUGUGAUUUUUCGACCAGAGAAUAUUCGUACGCCGAAAUACCGGAAGAUUUCAAUCUCGAAUAUUUCCAACUUGCCCCAGAGGACACCGAUUUUAAGAUCCCGAUGAUCAAGCGAGCGUCAGCCAUGAGUUAUAGACCCAUCAAGUUGAUAGGUAGUGCCUGGUCAGCUCCAGGAUGGAUGAAAACAAAUGGUGCAAUGAAAGGAGGUGGACGACUCAAAGGAUUGCCUGGCGGAGAAUACUACAAAUCAUGGGCACUCUAUCUUGCCAAAUUUUUAGAAGCUUACAGCAAUUACGGCAUUCCCUUCUGGGGUCUGACCGGAGGCAACGAACCUACUGCGGGUCUGUUUCCAAACUGGGGCUGGCAAGCCAUGUUCUUUAGUCCUAGCCUGCAAAGGGACUUCAUCAAAUUUGACCUUGGUCCAACCUUACGUGAACGAGGUCAUAUUGAGAUUCAGCUCACUAUCCUGGAUGAUCAGAGGUUUCUCCUUCCCCGCUGGGCAGAAGUGGUGUUGGAAGACCCCCUCGCCUCGGAGUACGUAUCCGGUAUUGGAAUCCAUUGGUAUUGGGAUGACUGGGUAGAUCCUAGUCGUCUUAACGCUACACAUCAUGCCUAUCCAGACUACUUCAUGAUAGGAACAGAGGCUUGCGAGGGCCACUUGGACAGGGAGAAGGAAGUUAUUCUUGGAAGCUGGGAGAGAGGGGAAGCGUAUAGCUUUAACAUCAUCGAGGAUUUGGGCAACUGGGUGGCUGGUUGGAUCGACUGGAAUCUGGCUCUAGACAUGAUUGGAGGACCAAACUGGGUGGGUAACUUUGUCGAUAGUCCUAUCAUCGUCAACGCCGAAGAAGAUGUGUUCUACAAGCAACCAAUGUACUAUCAUCUUGGUCACUUCAGUAAGUUCAUCACCCCUGGAUCGGUGAGGGUGGGGUCAUCGGCUGAUCGCGAUAGGUUGGUUGAACACCUAGCAUUUAAGCUCCCGGAUGGAAACAUGGCACUUGUCGUCUUGAACAGGAAGGAGUUCACAUUUCCUCUUCAUAUCUAUGAUCCGGAAGUGGGCUAUCUCAACGCUGAGAUUCCAUCUCGUUCAAUUCAAACGUAUAUAUGGAAAUAAUAAUCUAAUCAUUGAAGAAGACCCAAAAAAAAAUGUGUCGUUAAUAUUUACCAUCUUGGAUAUAAAUACUUUACUUUACAUCCAUUUCAAGAAUUUAAUUCAUUAAUAAAAAUUAUUUAGGUCUACUAAAGGUUUACAAUUGAGAAUAACUAGGACUAAUCGCUUCAUUAUAUUGAAUCUGGGCCUUUUUAUGCAUUUAAUGAUUUCGUUUUCAGCCAUACCCUGAAUCACUAUACGUUGAUAUGUUCUGAGAUAUUAUAACCAAUUUUCAUUUUGUGAAAUUAAAUGAUCUAAAAUCUGA